ACUUAAAUCCAGUGCCGCCGCCAAAUCCCACCAAAUCGAUCGAUCGAUUCCAGCCCAAUAAUUUCAAUUACCUCAAGUACAUUAAGCCCGAAACCUCCAGCCCGCGAAUUCUCAAUGACACCCCAGUGCACUCUUCGCGAUAAAAAUUCCGACCUCACCUCCUUAUCAAUGCACUUAAAUGCUUACGACUCUUACCCAUAAGAUAUCCCUAAAAGUGUCUCAGCCUUUCUAGGAUUUUGAAACCUAGACUACUUACGUCCAUUCCCAUAAGCCACUUAACUUGAUAAGUCAUCUGAGAAAAAAAAGGAAUCUAAUUUUAAAAAGAUCUGCGGGAAAAACAUUAGAAAAGUGGAAGCAUUUUUUGAUCAGCUGCCAACUCCACCGAGCCGCGCUGCUUUACGUAAGAUCCGUAAUAAUGCUCGUUUGUCGGGAGUGUAAAACUAUGCGUUUAUAUUCGGAUCCAAAUGUAUGUCGUUAAAAAAAAUUGGCGGCUGACCUUGCCGACGAAAACAUUCAGUGAAAGUGAACUAGUUAAGGGGAAAUCAAUUUUUUGGACCUCAUAAAUAUAAAAAAAAUAAGCAUCGAUCUUCUAGAAUCUAGAAGGAGAAAAAGGACUUCAAAGGAUAGCCCACAAAUUCAGGAACUAAAUAGACGAUCUGAAGUAGUUCAAUGUCUAGUAUGAAGCAAUUAAGACCUCAUUUAAUAAUAUGAUGAUAAACACUAACAGCUGUUGCUCUGCCAACAGACUUUUUGACGGCUAAAUUUUUCCAAGCCAAGUUCCAAAGUAAAUAAAUAUAAAAUAGAAGAGAAAGCUCCCUCCAUUGCCAAUUCUUGAAGUUUAUAAUAGACGUGUAAAUUAAGUCUCAGGAAUGAUGCACAGCUAAAAUAAGGAGAAUUCUUUACUCGAAGAAUAGUGAAAGAGUAGCUUACUGAAGCAAGUAGAUGCCGUAAUGAAAAAACAGUUUCCUAAGUGAAAAAAUAGAUUUUCAGGUGGAAAUGUAAUUCCGGAAGUGAAAGAUUGUUCAAAGGUUAUAAGCAAGACAUUUACAUCCCAAGCAGAAAUUAUCAUUCCAAUUCAGCAAUUGAGAGACUUCUAACUAUCUGAAUUAAUAUGAAUUAAAAGCCCUACCUUAUGUUUCAUAAAUAGGCUAUAAUAUUAGGAACUCCUCGAUAGUACAUUAGCAACAGCUGUGGAAAAUAAGAUGCAAAUUUUCUGAUUACACAUCUGAUAGUAUAGACACGACGAAAUGAAAGGAUUUAUCUACACCCAUUAAUAGUGUGCACAAUCAAGGCAGACUGCCUAACAUCAUCGUCUAAAUCAACAGUUAAAUGUCCAUUUACUAUCAAAUUUUCAAAAACAACAGCAGUCUGUACUACCAAAAACGUUCUUUGUACGUCAACAUUUUUAACCACCACCAACAUCUGAAUCAACGUAAAAUUUACUGAUCAUCACCCAAAUCCUCAAUAUCCUAGCGUAGUUAAAAUUACAAAACAAAACUGUGGUUUCUAGCCACAGAAACAGAGAAUCUAACAGACUGCUUCAAUACCAAAUCGCCAAAUAACCAAUAAAAUUCUAAAUCCCCACUUGGAUCCCCAAUCGUUAACUUAAUCCAUAAUCUUCACCAGAAUCCCACAUCUAUGUCUAAAUCCAAACUUACCAACAUGAUUCACAAUCACUUUGAAAUCCACAGUUUAAAAUUCUGAUUUACGACCGCAAUCCCAAAUUAACACUUUAUUUUCCUUUCCCAAAAAACCACAAUGAAGAACGUCCACCUCAUAACAGCAACACCCUACGAUGGAGAUCCUUCUUCCAAAGACCCCAAAGACGGUGUAAUCAGACUAAAAAUCGAUAAACCCUCCCACUGGGAAUGGCAGUUAACUACGUCAGCUGAUACAAUUCCAGUAAUCCAACUUCUGGACAAGGAUGGUCGCCUGCUAGUCGAAACGACAGGAGGAACAGCUCAAAGAGCGAGAGGUUCCUUUCGCGAUGGUCUAUCGUCCCAUGAAGAGUUUCCAGAGCCGCCAACAUUUCACAAAUCCAGAACCAAGUCCCUAGGAAACAGAAACUUGGAAGGCUUCAGUUCCAAAUUCGAGUCUGGUCAAUUUGGGGUACCCAGAAAGUCACGUAGUGAUGUAGACGUGAGGAAAGGUGGUAAGAAAUAUAGGAAAAGGAAUUCUUCUACAGAAAUCACUUGCAGAUCAGAAGGUGCUAAGAAAUAUUCAGCUGGUGAUUACCUCCGACAACAGAUCCUGGAUGAUCUUAGAACCCAGAGCACAAGUGGGAAAACUCCUACUGAAAUUGCAGAAGCUAGGUAUGAGAAAAUUAGGGUUUAUUUCGGAAAUAAGAGCGAUACUUCGUUAAAUAGAGAGUCGAGAGAGAGAACAAGAAGUUCUUCAAGAAAAAGAGCUGAUAGAUCUGAAAGUGGAAAGAGUCAUAGGAGGAAUUUGCAGAAUAAUGGGUCUUUCUCUUUGGAUAGGAGGGAUGUAUCCAUUGGAAGAAGAGAUAUAUCUAAUGGAAAGAAUACAAAUGCUAUAGAGGAUUCUGAUCAAAAUGAAGGAGUCAGCCUUGAAGAGAACGUGCCCCAAACCCCUUUUCCACAAAAUACAGUCAACUCUUUCAAAGUCGGAAAACAGCUAACCAAAGAGGAUCUAGCAAAAAUUAGAGGCUACCUUCAAGAUCGAAUUUCAGCCAAGAUGAAGGAGGAAAAAAUCUGCAGGUCCCGUUCACAACCGAUAAAUACUCGCGCAUUUCCGGAAAUCGAAACUGACGAAAAAGAAUCUGGGAAAAGGUACUCGGAUUCUUCAUCCAACCGAAAGAAUUAUCAUAUCAGGAAAGUGGGUAGUGAUGCAAGUGUGGUGCGGUUUGCUGAGAUGCAUCCUCAGCCAUGCGGAAGCAGACACAAUUCGGAAGGCUUAUCCGAUUUUCGGAGGAAAAUUCGUUCAAGGACACUGACGGAUACGCUUUUGGAGUCCGACGAAGCGGAAAAUGUCUGCAAGGAGAGAAAACCCACUGAAAAACAGAAGGUUUAUUCCAGAAAAACCAAAAGCGACACGUUGGUCGGAAAUCUUGAUUUGAAGAGGAAUCACUCGCAGGAUAACAUGGAGAGAACCUGGAGGGAAUAUAAGGAAUGGAAGAAACUUGAUAGUAGGUUAGACAGAUUAGAUAAAUUGGACAUGGAUGUUAAGGAGGAGGACUUUAUGAAAAAACCGAGAUGGAAGGAUAUGCAGAACAAUAUGUGUUCUGUUCGGGAUUGUAGGAUUUGUGAGAACAUUAGGAAUUGUGUUGAUCCUUUUGUCGGUGAUGGCGAAAAUGCAUCUAGUCAAAGUAGGGUGUCAAUUUCUAAUCAUAUUUCUGAUAAAAAUCAACAUCCUAAUUUUAAUAAACAGAUAUCCAAGAAUGUUGACCAUGAUAGUGAACCAAGUGAGGUGAAUUCGAGACCGAAGACUGCUUUACAGGAAAAUUAUUUGGUUCUGGAGAGACCAUGUUCGCCACAGCAGGACUCUAUCAUUUCAGAAACCACAACUAAUUCCCGGGAGGACGAAAACUCGCUUUCAAGUUGGUACUCUCCUGAUUUCGGUUACAACUCGAUUCCAAAACAGUCCAGAGACUACAAGGAAAUUCUCUGCUGCAACUCAGCGGUGAAGAAAAGCGACACUUUCAAAGUUGUAGACGGAAGCGAGGAUGUUGAACAAAUUGGGAAAAUUUGCUCGGUGGUGAAUGGAACUUCUGACAUGGCUUGCGAUUGUGAUGAUCUCUCCGAGGAUAUUAUGGGCCGAGCAAAAAUGGGAAAUCAGAUCCUUUCUAAGAGAACAAAUCAAGAAAUUGGUGAGGACUAUUUUGUUAGAGUUUAUGAACUUUUGAAGAAGCGAAGGGAGGAAGUGAAAAAAUUAGCACAGCACUGUGAUGGAUCAGAGUGCGAAUUGAAUAAUUGGGCUGCUGAAAGUCUGAAACCCAGGAGACGUCGCAAGAAAAGGGCUGAGAACUCUCCACAAGAUGAGGACACGGAGUCGACAGUGUUUCCUACAAAAGCAAGGCUUUCCGAGGGGAUUCAGGGGGAUUUGGUGAACGGCGAUAAUUCUCUCCACGGAUUUAGUAAUUCGAAGCUAAAACAGCAACAGCAACAACGUCAAAAUAAAAAAACAGUAACUAGAAAACCUCGUCCUCCUCCGCCACUGCCAUCUUCUUGUAAUAAUACCUAUGUCACUGAAGACGUCUGUGAGAAGUAUAACGGAAAUCCCAGCGAAAGGAACGAAUCCAGACAUGACGUAAGCGGACAGGGAUUACCGGAAGGUGGUCUCAAUCCAGCAGAAAUGGGCUCGAAUUUAAGCAGACAUAACGCGGGAAAGGGUCUCACCGGCCGGAGGACGCAAUCAUCUGGAAAUCUCUGUGAUGCAAAAGGGAAGCUGAAUAGCGUCGGGAAAAUCUUUGUGCCCUGCUCCAGCUCUUCUAGAGACAGGUACAAACUUUGUGGUUCGUUGCCCAACCGCCUGGAUGAUAAAGAGGGUCUCGAAAUCGAAUCUGCAGAGAACAAUAAUGUGAUUCACAGUGCGGUGGGUGGAAACCUCCCCAGGACGUUACCACAUCAAAAGAGGCUGCACAUCUCCGACAGCGAGCCACCAUUUGGUACUUUCGACCUCGUUAAACGUCCGUCCCAAGAUUCCCUAGAAGGCGAUCCUUGGAGAUACAGACUGAGUGAUGAAUUCGAACCUGGAAAAUGUCAAUUGCAUUCGAUUCUGGCAGCCAAAAAUUCCAAGGGUUCGGAUACAGUCGACGGUAGUCAACCACAUCCGAAAACGAGGUUCUCCUUCACCAAAUCGAAAGCUAAGAGUUUGAAUCGACACGAAACUGAUACGUACAAGGGAAGCAGUUCUUUUAAGGAAGUAAGAAGGGACUCUUCUUACUUCAAAAAAUGCCUCGAGGAGGGGGCUAGCUCGCAACGAAGUAGAUUUUCGAGCAAAAAUUCCGUCGAUGAACAACCAGUCAAUAUGGUCCAUAAAAAGAGUUGCGAACUAGUUAAACAUCGUCUUCAUUCUACUUUAUCUCUUGAUCUCACACAAAGCAAUCUUUCCGGAAAUGAACCUCAAGAUCAAGGAUAUGCCUCUGAACGUUCUCCAGAGGAUGAGCAUCCACCUUCCCUUCCUGGGCAGGAUGAUCUAUUUCCACACGUUACUCCUGAGAACACAUUCAGAGUAGUGCUGGAGAAGAGUAAUCGAGGACUUGGUUUGAGCGUUUCCGGAGGCGGAACCGCUGGCCCGGUCAGAGUGAAAAGACUCUUCCCGCAACAACCAGCUGCACUUUCUCACAAACUUGAACAGGGAGAUAUUCUUCUUGCAGCCAACGGAAUUCCUCUCACUGGUCUCACCAACUACGAGGCCCUCGAAGUUCUACGGACUACUUCCAAUAAAGUCGAGUUAGUGGUGUGCCGAUUGCCGAGUGAAUCAACUGGAUCCAGUCCCGAUAUACCUCUACCACCUCCGCCACCACCAGUACGAAGAGAACCACCUCCACCCUUACGGAUAUUAAAUCCCCUGCCACCACUUCAGAUCGAACCCUGUGGAGAAUUCGAUAUCGAGAUGACGAAAGUUGGAGGGAGCUUAGGAUUCACCUUGAGAAAAGCUGAUAGUAGUGCCCUAGGACACUAUAUUAGAGCUCUGGUGAGGGAGCCAGCUUUAAGUGAUGGAAGAAUUCGACCUGGUGAUAAAAUUGUUGCUGUUGAUGGAGCACCACUCUCUCCCAUGAGCCACGAGGAAGCUGUUGCUCUACUCAGGCAGUGUGGACCAAAUGUGAAGCUUCGACUUUAUCGCGAUUUGGCACAGACCCCUGUCUCUGCCUUAUCACCAACGGAACCUGAUCAUCCCUUGCGUCCGCCACGAACUAGUUUAAGACAAGAGGCUGUUGAUAUGCUCUGUGAUUUAGCGGUUCGAAAAUUAUCUCCGGGAACUUAUAAUGGUUCGAACGAUUCCAAUCGAUCCGCAUCAGGAUCUUGCAACUCGCCAAGGAAACUUCGAAGACCUGCUCCACGAACUCCCAGUACUGAGUUUGAUCAAGGAACUGUAAGAAGGAGCGAGUCAUCUCAGGCUUCGACCUUCAGUCAAGAGGAGACUUCCGAAUCGGAUCAAUGUUCGAUUAGAACACAAAUAACGAAUUCGCAACCAGAUACCCCGGCAGAUGAUAUAAUAGAUCCCCCAUCUCUCUACGAUGCCGAUUCUUACGAUUCAUCCAAGGCAGCUCGACCGAGUUUUCUCAAUCUUUCUGCCCCACAAGACAAACCUAAUUUCCAAUUCAGCAUUAAGCCGGAUUCGAAACAGAGUCAAACAGCCCGUGCAGAAAAUUCUUCGAAUUUUGGAAACUCGAACACAUUGUCGAGUGAUGAACUGGAUGGUAAUCUACCCUCUGAACCGGCAUCUAUGCCACCAGUUUCAACCACCAACGAUGAUGCCACCUUCAGCCAUAAGAAUCCUGCCUAUCAGAGUGCGAAUCCAACUUCUAGUGCCAAGGAAACGGUUGCCAAAAGCAAGAUCACUCAUUCCAGUGAUCAGGACAUCCCAGGUAAAGUCUUUGGGAAUGAGGGUCCGGGUGGAAGCAAGGGCCUGCUGAAAUGGAAAGGUGUGAUGUUUGCUCCGGAUGACAGUGCGAUUUCAGAAAACAUCCAGAAUGUAGGUGAAAGUGUUAAAGAGACUUUACCCACGACCUGCGAAGAAGGAGAUGAGGUUUUCAUGGUUGAGCUGACUCGAGGAUGGAACAGUCGGCUUGGCUUUAGCUUACAGUCAGAAGGCGAUCAAACUGUGAUUUCCGUCGUAUAUCCAGACAGUGUAGCGGCAAAAGAUGGUAGACUGAAAGAGGGCGACGUACUUAUUAUGAUUAACGACGAGUGUGUAGAACACAUGUCUACAUCAGACAUAAUUGAUUUGCUACGCAAAGUGCGAGGAUCGAUAGGCAUCACUGUUUUAAGAAAAAGGAAGCAGUGCUGAUAAGUGGAUUCAAAAUGAAAACCUUGUCUCAAACUGUUUAUUAGAAAUAAUAUCAAAAGAUUUCUCGAAAAAUUCUAAAACUCUAUUUCGAACCUUUCACCUCAAAAAAUUCUUAAUCUGUUAAUAAAUAAUAAAUAUUAAACGUAAAUCGAAGCUGUUAGAGUAAAGAACUUCUAAAUAGAGUUUAUCGCAGAGAUUUAUAAAGUUGAAAAAAAGUGUAUUAAAAAUUUUUACUCCCUUUUUUUAAAUCUCAAUUUCUACGCCUUUUUUGAAUAGCAAAUCUUGACUUGUUUGCAUCUUUUUUGAAUGAAAGCAAUAAAUCUUGCCUUUGCAUUUAAAAAUCUGUCACAUCGAGAUAUAAACUUAGAGACGUUUUCAUUUUACACAUGUCGAGUGCCUAGUCUUGAUAUAAGUGAAUAAUGAUUAUCGUUAAAAAAAAAAAAAUAAAAGUCUACAUCUAUUGAGAUUGAAAUAUUUAGGUAAUCCGAUAUUAUAAUUCUUUGUGAAAUAAAAAAGCAAUGCGUAUUUCUGCUGUGCGUUAAUCAGAUUUAGUAAAUAAUUAAAUUGUGUGCAUAUUAUAUUUGUAUAUAAAUUAAAUUAUAUUAUAUGAAUAUAAUAUAAAUGAUGAUUCUAAAAGUAGUGCAUAAUAAUAGUGCGUUAUCUUUGCAGAAAAUUCUGUGCACUAACAAUACAGGGUGAGAUAAGAGAGACAAUUUUCUUAAUUAUCUCAAUUUUUAGAACGAUUUUUUAAUUUAAUUUUUACAUGAAAAAUGACAGAAUCGAAUUUUUGAUACUGUGUAAAUAAAAAAUCAUUUAUUUUCCAAAUCUGUAAAUUUAUCAGGCUCAAUACCUUGAAGAAAAACCGCACUAGAAAAAUAAAAUAUAACUCUCCAGAUGAAUGUUAACGAUUUAAACUAAUUUUACAUUCUUUUAAAUUUUUAGAUUUUUUUUUAGGAAAUUAGAUCUAACGUUCCACCCUGUAGUAAAAGUCACGAUAUUUUUAAGAUAAACAAAAUCAAAAUAUUUAAGGAUAGAUUACAUUGAUAUAAAAAAAGUAUUGCGAACGUUUUUGUUGUUAAAAAAUCGAUUGGGUAAAUCGAGAUAAGA